AUGAAGCACCUAAUAAGUAAGGAAGAUCUUAAAAAUAGCGAAGAAGAUAAUACUGAGAAGACUUAGGAAAGUUAAUCAACUGCAAAAGUGAAACCUAUUUCGGUUAAUACUUAAGAUGCGAAGGUGUUAAUUGAAAUACUUUAAAUACCUGCUGAGUAAAGAAGACCUGAGCAUAUUUAGAUUAUGAAAGAAUGUUUGAGGAAGGUAAAAUUUUUGCAGUCUUACUAGGAUUCUACUCACUAUGCUGAAGUUUUAAAAAAUUUGGAAUUAGAAAGUUGGCCACUUGAUCAUAUACUAUUUAGAUAAGGAGAUGUUGCUGACAAAUUUUAUAUUAUUUUAAAUGGUAUUAUAGGAUUAUAUAUUAGAACAGCAAAUGAUGCUGAUACAUUUAUUAAAAUUGAUUAGAACAAAAAUCAAAAUUAGGCAGUAGAUAGCAGCAAUUAAUAAAAUGAAAACGAAAAAAAUAUGCCACAACAAAAAAAGGAAAAUAGCCCAAAUAAAUCUGUUCGUAAAAGCCAGAUUAUUGACCAAAAAGGUGACAAUAUCUCGCAAAAUAUAUUAGGAGUUGGAGUUAGAGAAGUGGCAAGAUUAGAAUCUGGAGAUGCUUUUGGAGAAUUAGGUUUGCUUUUUAAUGAAAAUAGAACUGCAACUGCAGUUUGUUUGGACACGACUAACUUACUGGUGUUAAAAAAGCAGAUAUUUGAAAAAUAUUUAUCCUAGAGUAAAAAUGCUAAAAUAAGUAUUAUGGUUGAUUUCUAUACUAAUUUGUGGUAAAUGAGAGAAAUGUUAUAAAAAGAUAUUCUCAAGCUUUCUACUAAAACUACAUUGACCUAAUGCUCUAAAAAUACAAUAAUAAUUAAGUAAGGAGAAAAGCCAAAGGGAAUAUUUUUUGUCAGAAACGGAAUAGUUAAGCUCGUUUCGACACUAAAAUUUAGAAUUGACUAUAAGAGCAAUAGCAUUUUGGAUGAUUACAAAGACCCUACACCAGAAGAAAUUAGACUUAAAAGAUAUAAAACAAUUGAUGUUUAAUUGGAAGAAAUAGGAAAUGGUAAUGUUUUUGGAGACUAUGAAGUAUUUAACAAUUAAGAAAUUCCUUAUACUGCAGUAUCAACAACUGACUGUGAUAUAUUAACUAUCACUCUCUAAGACUUAAAAAGUUGCGUUCCUUUGGAUGUAUAUAAGUAAUUUGAAUCUUCUAUUAAACAUUACCCAUCAAGUGAAAAAAUAAAAAGAUAAUAUAUUGAAAAUAUAAUGUGGAAUAAUUAUAAAAACGAUAUAGUUCAGAGCUUUAAUAAUGAAUUGGUAAAUUCUGUGAGAUAAGCAAAUAUUUUUUAGCAUCGCCUACCUUUUUUACCAAAAGUUACUUUAGAUAAAUAUUAAAUAUAUGAUGAAAUCAACUAGAAUAGAUAAAUUAAAAAAAAUCAAAAACCUAAUAAUUAAUAAAAUUCAAAUAAUGAAAAUUUUACCACUUUAAAUUUUUUAUAGAAUUCUGAUAGAAGCUUAAAUCUUGAGAAGAAUUCAAAUCUUAAUAAUUUGAGUUUCAAAGCAAGUAUUUUCAAUAAAAGUAGUAAAUAAAUAUAAAGAAAACUAUCUGUUGGAGAUGACUCAACACCUAAUAUGAACUCAAAUAAUUAAGGAAAUACUUAAAGAGAUAUAAAAACCUCAAUAUUAAAUGAAUUGUCUCACAUUAAUAAGCUUGAAAAAUAAGAAGAUCAUUUAAAUUAAAUGUUGCUUAAGUAAACAGACAUGCUUCAGCAUAAGACUAAGGGUGUAGAUUCUUUCUAGACUGAGAUUUUUAUACAUAAAUACAACAAUAAAAAAAAUGCCAAACAAAAUCUAAAUUCUAAGCCUCAUAGCAAGUUAGUAUCAAGCAGAUCAGACACUAAUUUGCUUAAAAAUAAAAAAGUAUAUGAAGAAAAAUAAUAAAAAAUUAAUUAAAACGAAUCUCUUUAAAUGCAAAAAAAUAUGAUAGACCAAUUAAUAAAUUCAGGAUUGCUGAUAGGAGACAGUAAAAAAUUAAAUUCCAUUUAAAGUAACAAUUAAGAUUCAUAUCCAAAAAAUCUUGCCUAAAAUAAUAAAUCAAAUAAAUAUAUAUUACCAAGAAUUAACAAAUAGAGCAAAGUCUCUUUAUUAGCAAACGAAAUUUAUUGA